AUGGAUCUCUUUAACAGUCAAUUCCAUCCAUCGACUUCAAACGCUAUGUCGGUUGGUCAUUGUCAACCAAAUGCCUUCACAACCGAUAGUUUUGAUGAAAGCAGCCAAGUUAUUACAAUUACGUUGCGUUAUGGAGCCAGAAGUGAAAGGCUCGUAUUGGAGCGAACGGCCAACGCGGAAGUGCGUAUAAUGAACAUUCUUAAAGUUUCACAAAAUCAUUUUACAUAUACAAUACGUUUUCAUACGUUAUUACGAAGGCAUUUUUAGGCUUUUGAUCAAUUUCGCCGCAAAGUGUACAAACUGGUAGAAGAUACAGAUGAAGAAAGCGGAUUCUCCACUGAUCCGCGUGGCGAACUUUUUCUGUUUAGGCAUGACUACGGAUCUGCUAAUAUGCUUCAAAAACUUGCUAAUUUGGCUGAAUUGGUAACUGCUUUAUUUACAAUUUACAAGGAAAGUACUAGGCCUGCGGCGCUCUGAUUGACUUCAAACUUUUUAUAUAGAAAGACCGUGUAUAUAUAAGACCUCCAGCAAAGUACUAAAUCGCGCUUUCCAGAAAAUCUCGGGAAAAUCGAGGUCAAAAAAUUAUGUUUCGGAUUUCCCGCUAAGUUUUGUGUUUCAAAGAUUAUAACUGCCAUUUUUUGACUUUUAGGAUUUUUUUUCAUAUACUAAUAGAAUACCUUUAAAUGAACCUACAAUUUUAAAGUUACAAACGUAGUUUGACUUGAAAGUCAAAAAAAGUGCUUGAAACACAAUGCCAAAUUUGCCAAAUUGGUGGGAAACCAAAAUAAUUCAAAUUUAAAACUCAAAAGCGCAAGUUAAAAUUUUUUGUAGGCAUUAUUGGUAAUUUAAGAAAAUCAUAUAAAAGUUUUGAGCUGAUUCUGAGCGGGGUAGCCAAGGUACUUUCCCUUGUUAGUUAAAACUUGACUUUUUUUGCAAAAAUGUUCAAAAUCCAUUAGACCAUAGCAUGUUUAUAAAGUGAAAUAAAAAAUUUUAGGAUAACGGAAGUGUUGUAGAAGUAAUUCGGGUACCGUCAGAAGAACGUCAAGAAGUUACGCUACCUCACAAUGUGCAGGUUCAAAGCUACAAAACACCAACUUUUUGUGAUUAUUGUGGUGAAAUAUUAGUCGGACUGAUCAAGCAAGGUCUAAAAUGCACAUUGUGCAAGUAAGCAAAAAACUUUUUAAAACCGAAAAUAAAUUCUAUUUAAAUGGCAUUUUUCUUGUUUUUUUUUAUUUUAACUUACAAUUUCAGUUGUAAUUUUCAUAAAAAGUGCGCUUUUGCGGCGCGGAACAACUGCGCUCGCAACGAAAAUAUGGUACAAAGCAAUGAUGAUCAAAGUAAGUAGUAUAAAAUGUUUAACUUUUAAAAUUUAUUAACAGAUCAGCAAUCAACUCCUCAAACGUACCAGUUGCCGCAUACGUUGUCGGUACAUAGCUACCGUACGCCAACAGUUUGUAAAAUUUGUGAUAAACUGUUGCUAGGUUUAGUUAAACAAGGAAUGCGAUGCCGAGACUGCAAAGUAAGCAAUUCCAUACAGUUUUUAUUUUUUAUUGUGCUUAGCAAUUGCUAUGAGUCAGAUAUUCAAAGUAGCCGCUUGACGUAAAUAUAUGCAAAUUAGUUUGCAGAAUGUUUAUAAGUCAGUUUUUUUAAAUUUAAAAUUAAUCACUGACAACAAAAUUCAAAUUUGCUGCUAUAAAAAAGUACCCAAACGCUUAAAAAAUUUUAAUUUGUGAAAAAUACAAUUGCAGGUAAACGUGCAUAAAAAAUGCGCGGCCUUUUUGCCAAGUGAUUGUCACAUUGGAAACGGAAUUCUGCCUCAAUUUGAUCAGAUGUCAGUAAGCGAAUUGCCGCAAACUCAAAAAAUGGAGGUUGAAAGUCAAUUAUCCGUGGGUAUGAUCCCACUAGCCAGACUGCCUGGCUCAGCCAACACCCGUACUGGUCAAGUCGGUACACUUUGCGAAGGCUGGGUAGUGCACUUUUUGUACACUCAACCUGCCAAACGACUGAAACAUUACUGGAUUUUACAGAAUGGACAAAUUAGCAUGUACAACGAAUAUAAUAACGGUAAUAACAUAUUUAAAAAAAUUUUUAAGUUUACAGGUAACUGUGUGGACCAUUUUUCAUUUUUUUGCUGUUUUCACAUACAGUAUCUGUGAAAUUUUAGGGAAUAGCGACGUAUCUCAUAAAUAUUUUUUACAUAUUUAGUGACUGGCGUAAACCCGUCUAGGGUAUUUAAACAAGUGGCGUUAGCCGAUAUUUUGGCAGUAGUACCUUACAAUGGACCUCCAAUUGACACUCGAUUUCCAGCACAUUGUUUUGAAAUCCGUGUUCGAACUUCGGGUGAAGAUUUGAUAUAUUGUGUAGGCGAAAACCUUGAAGCUUUAGCAAGUGGCGGUGCUCCACCAUCAAAGCAAGCUAGGCAACAACAAUAUGGUUUAAGUGGAAGUUGGCAACAUUGGUUUAAAGCCUUAGAGAAUGCUCUUCAGCCGCCCGCAUUAAGAUCAGACCCCACUAACGCCGAGCCGGCUUUACAGUUUUCUCAAAUGUACCAGGUAUAGUAUAUUGGUUCAGGCAAAAAACAAAAAUGUUCUGACAAGUAAACUAAAAUUUAUAGUGUAUUUUAUGCAUUCGUUUUAGAUAGUUCGGGAAAAAGUUUUGGGAUCUGGACAAUUUGGCACUGUGUUUCAAGGAAUUCAUCGUCAAACAAGCCGUGCUGUGGCUGUGAAAGUAAUCGCUAAAGACAGAUUUUCAAAGAAAUCAAACGCUGGCGUAGAAACAUUGAAAUCAGAAGUUGCUAUUCUUCAAGCAGUAGAUCACCCUGGAAUUAUUAAGCUAGAGAGUAUGUUUGAGACCAAAGACAAAAUCUUUGUUGUCAUGGAAAAGAUGAACGGCGAUAUGUUAGAGAUGAUUUUGAGUCAAGCGACUGGUCGAUUAGACGAACGCGCAACACGGUACUUGAUUAUGCAAAUUCUGAGCGCAUUACGGUACGUUUUUGAUUAACGAAGGUGUCCGAUCUACUUCCCUCUAUUUUUUGUUAUAUAUUGAAAGAUCAUAUAAAUACAUAUAAGAAUUGCAUAAAAGUACUAAGUCUUAAAAAGCUUUUCAUUCAAUUUGGAAAGAAUUAAUAUCAAAAAAUUACGUUUUAAUUUUUCUGCCAACUUGGCAUUGUGUUGUGGAAAUUUAAAUAUUUGAAUUUUAAAACUUAAAAGCUAGCAAAAUAUUUCAUGUGUAGUACACAUUGUGUACAAUUGGUGGUGCAAAGAAUUCAUAUAAGAAUUAUUGUAUUAGCUUAUUCUGAGUGAGGCAGGUUGUGUACUUUUCUUAUAAGUGACAUUUUAUAACCGACACAUUGAAAGACCGAUUUAAAAAAAUUUUUUUUUUUUAAAUUUUUAAAGACUUGGUUUAGAUACCUUCAUUCUCGCGCUAUUGCUCAUUGUGAUUUGAAGCCGGAAAAUGUUUUGUUAUCAGAUUUGUCAUCUAGUUAUCCACAGACCAAACUUUGCGAUUUCGGCUACGCUCGAUUCAUUGGCGAUGCUCAAUUUAGGAAAACCAUUGUUGGUACACCUGCUUAUAUGGCACCAGAGCUACUUAUGAAAAAAGGUAUAUUAAAAGUUUUAACUUUUUACCUUUUAAUGAAUAUGGUUGAGUAACUAUAUAAAGUCACAGUUAAAACAAUAGAAAAACCUAAUUUAUUCUAUUUUUAGGCUACAACAAAAGUUUAGACAUGUGGUCAGUAGGAGUUAUCAUAUACGUUACACUAUCCGGUACUUUUCCUUUCAAUGACGGAGAAGAGAUUACAGAACAAAUACAGAAUGCGUCCUUUAUGUUUCCAUCUGAUUUGUGGUGCAAUACCAGCCAACUAGCGGUGGAUUUAAUCCAGAAACUUUUGCGAGUUCAAAUUGAAGAGCGCUACACAAUUGACGAGUGCAUUCAACAUCCGUGGCUACAGGAGCCACAGGUGUUCGCCGACUUGCGUCAGUUGGAAACAAGGCUUGGAGGGCUUCGCUAUUUGACCAACGAAAAUGAUGAUCAACGCUUUGUUCAAUUUUUGUCUAAAAUUGUAAAUUCUCCACCAUUUUAG